AUGGCCACUUCUACAAAGCAAGGUGGAUCAUCUCCCUCUCGGCGGGGCAAAUCCAAGAAGUCGGACACUCCAGCCAGCAGGCUACCUACUGGACAUAAGAAGAGAAGCUACACGCUCGAAGAUCUAGUCGCAGAUACCACUUCCGACAUAGGCGCACUCGAAAGGCACGAGGAUUUCCCGCAUCUACCUGCUCAGAAGCACUGGAAAGACGUCUUUAGCGCGGGCGUCGGAAUCAGCAGAAAUAGAACAUUCAUUUGCGACAAGGAGUUAGCUCAUCGUGUCAUCGAGGGCUUGAAUCUCGACGAGGCGGAGGGACAAGUGACCAUCGUCGAGGCGUAUCCUGGUAAGUCAGGCAGUGACAUCGAAUCUUCUGGCCGAGAAAAGCAUCACCUCACACCCUUGCUCGUCAGGUCCUGGCAUCCUCACACGGCUUUUGUUGGAACAUCCAAAGGUGGAGAAGGUGAUCGCAAUGGAAGACAACACGACAUACUUGCCAUGCAUCCAGGUGGGUAGUGCUCAGUUCCGCUCUUCCACAUCAGAGCGUCGUGCUGAGACGAGCAGCUCUUUCGCAGGCCCUGCAAAACGAUCCGACAGUCGCGGGCGGCCCUCCUGGCUCAAAGCUCCUUAUCGAGGGAACGAACCCAUACAGGUGGGAAGCACACACAAACGUCAUUUUGAGGGGAGCCUUUGACCAUCUGCAAGGCAAAUUGCCCGGAGAUGGUAACGGAGAGGAGACCAUCGAUGUUAAAGCCAUCUCGCAAGGAAAGGUUUCUCGGUUAAGGAAGCACGACACGGAAAGCUGGACCGGUUCGUCUGACGGCGAAGAGUUUGCGGUCAUGAAUGCGCUUGAUUGACGGUCUCGCUUCUUUAUACCCUCACAGCCAAAUCUCAAAUUAUCUUUCUGGCUCAGCUUCCGAAUAUUGUGUACUCGGAGCAAUUGUUCGCCCAGCUCUGUCACGCCAUCGCCCAUCGGCAAUGGUACUAUCAGUUCACCCGCGUCAAAAUGGCGUUUGUUUGCUCUGAAGCGCUGGCAAAUGUGAGUGCAAAGCGAUUCAAGCUUGAUCUGCAUAGCGACUGAUGCGCCUUGGUCAUGGCCUCUCUAGCGAGCUCUAGCUGAGCCAGGAAAUCGCGCUCGAGCCAAAUUGGGCGUGAUCGUACAGUCCCUCGCCGACGUCACCAAGGCCCUUCCUGCCUCGGAGUUCCUGCCCCACUCGCAGAAGAUCUACCCAAGCACAGCACUUCGAGAUCCCGAGCUCAUCCAAAGAGAGAUAGAUAGCAACCAGGGUAAGGUGCUAGCGGCAUACAAGACUUCGAGAUUGGCGGCCAACCUCAGCAAAAGAGGUACCAGCUUGAUCAUCGUGGAUCCCAAGAUCAAGCCACUAGUUGGUCAUGGAGAGCUGGAUGCGUUGGAAUUCAUCACUCGCAACCUGUUUGUGCUUCGUAAUCAGACCGUCGAACAUGCUCUCAAGUAAGUGGGGCCUGGAUGGACUCCUCGCAAGCUUGAGCAUUCUGGUCCUGACGCGCAAUUUCAAAUGCCAUCUCAGGCACGUCGCUCCUGGUGCCGAGAACCUUCUGCAGCACCUGAAGCCAGACACGGAAGAGACGAGGGAUCACCCGGAAAGGAUCAUUCUGCCUGACUAUAUCGUCAUGCAUCUGACCAACGAGCAGUGGGCUGCACUGGCAAGAGUGUUCGACUGCUGGCCCUUCCGACCGCAGAUUCUCAUUGUAAGUAUUGAUGCGCUGCCUCGCGACGCGUCUACCGUUGCUGCGUAGUAGAGGAGAAAGCAAGCUGACUUUGCGUGCUUGAUUCAUUGCUCUGUCCAACAGGAGGAUCAGAGGGCUCCCGGAGGAGAAUUGCCAGGUCUAUUGUAA